GUUUCUAUUCUUCCUUCCUCUCUGACCCUUCCCCUCCCCCACUUUGCACCAGAGAAGUCAGACUCCGGGAGUGCUUUAACAGUUUGAAGGCUAAUCUGAAAGAGGAAGAAGAAUCUGUAUAUCUGUAUGUAUUGGCUAGCAAAUGUGCCCUGCUCUCUCCCCUCUUAAAAAUAGCAGCAACCCAUCUUUGCAAAGAAGCUUGCCUAUAGAGCAGGCACUCUGUGAAUGGACUGUGCUUUUACGACCCUGCAAAGUAUCAAGAUACUGUGCAGCUCACCAACAAGGAUUAGUUGCAAGGACUGGUAGAUCAAAUUUACUGAAGACUUGGAGCUUGCUUCUGAGAACAAACGCAAAAGGACAGUAAACUGUGGACCUUGAAGUUAGCAGCGUGGGCUUCCUCUGAUAUUACACCGUAAAAGGUAUUGAUCACCAUAAGAAGGAACAUUUGUGAAGGUACUCCAGUGCCAGAAAGAGGCACAAAGCAGACAUUCAUAGAGAAAUAUGGAUGAAACAGGAAAUCUGACAGUAUCUUCUGCCACAUGCCGUGACACUAUUGAUGACUUCCGCAAUCAAGUGUAUUCCACCUUGUACUCUAUGAUCUCUGUUGUAGGCUUCUUUGGCAAUGGCUUCGUGCUCUAUGUCCUCAUAAAAACCUAUCAUGAGAAGUCAGCCUUCCAAGUAUACAUGAUUAAUUUAGCAGUAGCAGAUCUACUUUGUGUGUGCACACUGCCUCUCCGUGUGGUCUAUUAUGUUCACAAAGGCAUUUGGCUCUUUGGUGACUUCUUGUGCCGCCUCAGCACCUAUGCUUUGUAUGUCAACCUCUAUUGUAGCAUCUUCUUUAUGACAGCCAUGAGCUUUUUCCGGUGCAUUGCAAUUGUUUUUCCAGUCCAGAACAUUAAUUUGGUUACACAGAAAAAAGCCAGAUUUGUGUGUGUAGGUAUUUGGAUUUUUGUGAUUUUGACCAGUUCUCCAUUUCUAAUGGCCAAACCACAAAAAGAUGAGAAAAAUAAUACCAAGUGCUUUGAGCCCCCACAAGACAAUCAAACUAAAAAUCAUGUUUUGGUCUUGCAUUAUGUGUCAUUGUUUGUUGGCUUUAUCAUCCCUUUUGUUAUUAUAAUUGUCUGUUACACAAUGAUCAUUUUGACCUUACUAAAAAAAUCAAUGAAAAAAAAUCUGUCAAGUCAUAAAAAGGCUAUAGGAAUGAUCAUGGUCGUGACCACUGCCUUUUUAGUCAGUUUCAUGCCAUAUCAUAUUCAACGUACCAUUCACCUUCAUUUUUUACACAAUGAAACUAAACCCUGUGAUUCUGUCCUUAGAAUGCAGAAGUCCGUGGUCAUAACCUUGUCUCUGGCUGCAUCAAAUUGUUGCUUUGACCCUCUCCUAUAUUUCUUUUCUGGAGGUAACUUUAGGAAAAGGCUGUCUACAUUUAGAAAGCAUUCUUUGUCCAGCAUGACUUAUGUAUCCAGAAAGAAGGCCUCUUUGCCAGAAAAAGGAGAAGAAAUAUGUGAAGUAUAGUUUAAAUCCAUUUCCAGUCCAAACCAACGAAAAUAGUUUCCCAAAUAAGUAUUUUGUCAAAUCAUUUACAAAAAAAUAAAAUUUCUAAUUAAUAUUUUACAAAUAUUUAACUAUUUGGGCCUACAAAUCUAUCUCAUUUAUGCAUCCACAUGAUUAGAUAUUUAUAGAUAUUUUAAGUGCUAAAAAUUCGGUCCAUAACUAUGAACUGAAUUACAAAUAAUUUUGACCAUUUACCAGAAUUUGGAGAAUAUUUGUAUCUUUGCACUAUAAAAUAUGUCUUAUAUUAAAGUUUUCCUCUUCAAAUAAAAGCUUUACAAAGGAUAAAAUAUAUAAAAUUAGUCAAUAUAAAAUAUAUGUAAGCUAAAAGUUAUAAAAUGUAAAAAUAGAUAUAAAAUUGGCAAAUAGUUCUGAAUCAUUCUAACAUAUUCCUUUGCAUGCAUGCCAUAAGAUGAGAACUGGCAAUGACUCAGGAGCUACAUAAAACGUACUGUCACCCUUCUUUGUAGUACUGAUUCGCUAGGCAAAUUAGGGCCAUUUCAUCCAAAAGAGAAUGUAAAAGUGCUAGAACAGACUACCAUUCAGCUAAAGGGUCCUAAAAGCACCAUACAAUGUUCAAUAUGGAAACAGGAGAAAUCUGGUCAAAAGCCAGUUUGUCUCCAAUUUUCUUCUGCCUUUGCCUCAGGCUCCCAAAAUUGAAUAGUGGAGUUUUAGCUGCUCAGUGAGGUUCCUGUAGAGAUUUCUCUCCAUCCAUGACAUAUAAUUCUUCCUUAAGAAGUCAGACAACUGGCACUCCUAUAUAUAAACAGAAGUAAUUAAAAAUUUAUCUGAAGAAGAGAAAAGGAAAAGGAAUCUACUUUUCUAUAUGCCAGUUGCUGGGAUCAAAAUAAACUACAAAGGAUUUAUGAAGAAAAUUGUGAAUGUUCAUGUUACAAAUUCUUUUAAGAAAUGCAUACAUUUAUGUAUAUGUAUACAACUAUUAUACAACUAUAUGUAAGAGAUUUUGCUGUAUGAUAUGCAUUAUGGGUGAAAGUUCACUAUAAGUUUUAUUAUUAUUACUUUUUAUUGGUAUGUUGACAGGAAUAUCAUGGAUAUGUUUACAGUGAUUUUUGUAUUACACUGGACGCUUUGAUCUUAAAACAGCCACAACAACUCAUCUAUGGCUGAAAUAUAAUAUUCGUGGACAAGCUUUUGCUGAAGUGUAGUGUGUCCUUUAACUUUGUUUUUUAAAAGGUACAUUACCUCAGAGGAAAUAAAUGAUAACUAUAAAGAAAAAA